CUAAGCUUAGUCUACUUACCAUUGUCUUUACCAUUGAACUAUACAUUAGUCAAGAUAGUCACUACGCAGCCUCAAACUAUUCACUACGUCAUCUACCUGUGAUCAUGCAUACGACUAUGCUUCUGAUGUUUUAAAAUCGCAUAAAUAUAUAAAAUAUAGUUACCUCACCAUGGGAGCUGACAUCUUGAAAAUGCCCGGAUGUCAAUUGGGGACUUAUCAUUCUGUGUAUUAAUUAUAAAUUAUGAAUCAUAAUGAUAUUUCACUGACCCGUUAUAAUAGAUUUAUUGAGUAAACUAUAUAAUUCUGGAAAGCAUACUUAUCGAAAUACAAUUAUAAUUUAAAACCAACUACCUUCAAAAACAGCAAAUAAUAAUAAUUAGGGGUCAAAGUUGAUGAUCUCAUCACGUGAUGUGUAGGACGAAAACAAAAAUGGCGGAGGAUGAGAAAAGGCCACUUUUGGACAAUUCAGAGGGAAUAUCUCAUGAUGUAGACAAUUUAGAGGAGCCAAGGCUGAGGAUUAGACACUUGUACCAGAAGGAUAAACAUUUAGCUAUCUCUAGUCCAACAGAAGGCAAUAAAUUCAUUAAUAUAAGCGCCAGUAGUUCUCUUCAAAAUUUGGUUGAGCCUGACCAUGUUGUUGCAGUGUUUGUUGUGGCUUUCGAUACUAAAGCAGGGAAUGUGGUAGAAUGGUGUCUCCCGGAAGAUGCCAAUCUGGAAGGUGUAGAGUUCAAAGCUAUGUCAAGUGGAUCUCAUACCCAAAUGAGUGAUUUUGUAUAUUUUAGAAAAGAUUCUUUAUUUGGCUUGGCCUGCUUUGAAAACAUGCGAGUGGAGAGUGAGAUUGAGAGAGGAGCCAGAAUGAAGUCUGUUGGGAUCCUAGCAACAUCAUAUACACUUCUCUACAGACACAUGCAGUUUCUAGAGUCCCAAGUCAGGCACCAGCUUGAGACCCCAGGUACAUAUUCACAGCUUGAAGCUUUUUAUGAAGACAAAAAAGCCACGAUAGGACGUCUUCCAUUCACCAACUCACUGACCAGUUCACUAAUGAGUACCUCUAGCACUACAACCUCCAGUGACAUACUACCUGAACUCAAGAUUACACAUCCUGCAGGUUGCUUCUCACAAUUUAUCAAGUUUUUUGGGGAGAAUAUUUUCAUUUUAUGGAAAUUUGUCCUUCUUCAGAAACGUGUUCUUUUCCUAUCACCACCACCCAUAGGAGUUGUUUGUUAUAGAGUAUAUUGCGCCUGUUGUCUAGGUAACCACAGUAUUAAUUAUUUUGGUGAUCGUCAACCACGUCCUCAUUUUUAUGUGAAUGUAGCUGAUAUAGAAACUCUGGAGACUGAGAUAUCAUAUAUAGCAUGUACAACAGAGAAAAUAUUUGAGAUGAAGGCCCAUUUAUACGACGUGUAUGUAGAUAACCAGAAUCUAACCACUCCUUCUAAACUCCUGAAAGAAUUAUUGAAUGUCAGUGAUGCAGAUAAAGAUAAAUAUGCUAAAUUGAACAAUCAAAGAUCUGCACAGAUGUUUAGUAUGGAAGAGUUAGGGGAAGACACCAUAGAUGAAGAGGAACUAUUUACAUCAUUUUUCACAGAACAGAACAACAGAUUAUUCCAGACACUUUUGGACAUUUCCUCAUCGCAAGAUCGCAGUAUAACCUCUGAUCACAUGCGUAGUAUGGGAUUGGAUCCCACAGGGGAUCGAGCAUUCUUAAUGGAAUUAGUAGAAACUUAUGGAAUUGAUGUUAUGCUGAUGGUUGAUAAUCCAUGCUGUCCAAGAUAACAAAUCCUGGCUUUAAAUAAUCUCAAGACAACCAUAAUAUUUAGAAUACAAAAUAGAGCGGGAAGGAUUGGAAAUAGCAGUGAUUACAUUAGAAAGGCAUUGUCAUACACAGUAUAGAAAUUAGGGAAUCCUGACACUUCUGAAUUUGAGAGAAAUAGAGUUGAAGAAACAUGUAAUGACCAAAAGUGACAUAAGGUUGUGUUCUACAAAAUGCUUAUAAUUUUUCAUUUUCCUAAUUUAUAUAUUUGUAAAAAAAAGUCAUAUCAUUUCCUAAUUUAUUUGCAAUAUGAUGUGGGUUUAUGUCAUAUGAUGCGGGUUUAUGUCAUAUGAUAUGGGUUCAUAUGUCAUAGGAUGUGGA